AAGAUUUUGAAAACUAGAUAGAUCACGCAUUCAUAGUUUUAUAUCGAUGUUAGCCUAUAUAUGGAAUACGGCUAUACAAAUGUACAUUUUCCUAAUAUCAUAAUAAAGGAACAAAGAACGACAACAACGUUGUGGGCAAAUAGAACAUAGACGGCGAAGCAAACAACCGGAUCGCCGAAGGGCGUCAUAACUCUUCUUCGUUAUCGUUUCCAAAGCGUCCAAAAAACAGAGCAAGUUAAAAGCUUCGCAGCGUUUUUGACGGCCACAGAGCAAAGCAGAGACGAAUAUGGGUUUACUGGCGAAAAUAAAGGCGAGGUCUGGCAGUAACGCCAGCACUGCCGAUAACACUAGCAGGAACAUGGGUCUUCUGGUAGUCUUCUUCCCUGAAGACGAUUCUGCCAUUGCCGACAAGAGCAAGCUUUUCUCUUCCCCCUCUAUUACUUCAUCUUCAUCAUCUUCUUCUUCUUCACCCUCACCCUCUAGAUCACCUGGUUCCUCCUUCAGAAGAAGAAAUUCCAGUUUCCUCCUCUCUAAAGCUCAAUCCACCAUUUCAAUCUGUGCGCUUUUCAUCUUCAUCACUCUUCUCCUCUUCACUCUGUCCACUUUCGAACCCUCUCUUCCUUCUCCCCGCAAUACCCUUAUGCACAACCCUCCUCGUCGAUUCCUAUCUCAGAAACCUCCCACCAUUCUAUCAAAGAUUGAGUAUUCUUUCCCUUCAACUGCUCUACAACGAAUGGGUACCCUGUAUCGAAGAGGAACCAGAGCCAUGAGUGAUCUUGUUGUGGCUCACGUGGUUGAAGACACCACCGACGAUGAGCUCCGUUUGUUUCUCAGAGUUCUGCACCGGUCUGGUCUCACUGCUAGAGCAGAUGUCGUUUUCAUCUUCGCUUCUGCUUCUUCGUCUUCGAGCUUCGGCUCCAUUAUUCAGCAAGAGAACGACUUGUUCUUGUCUCUCAUUGACCAUUAUACAGAAUUGAACCCGACGGACCCGAGCCUUAAGAAGAAGCCGGAGUCGAAUUUCGACGGUGCUCGGUUUUUUAAGGUUGGAAAGAAGGGAAAGGUAACUGGGGAGCCACUGUGGGGGAAGAAAUCCCGAGGCAAUCUCACAAGACCAGAAGCAGAGGAGGGCAGCAAAGAGGCGGCUCAGUUGAGUUACGGGUCGGUUCUCAGCUUCGACGCCACUGAACUCGACCCGGAAAACUCGCUCGCCGGUUUUCUAGAUCAUGUUCCUUUAAAAUUGCGAAGAUGGGCAUGUUAUCCCAUGUUACUGGGCCGAGUCAGGCGGAACUUCAAGCACGUAAUGCUCGUGGACGCGAAGAAUCUGGUGGUUACAAGCGACCCACUGGGACGAGUCAGGAAUCGGAGCUCCGAGUCCGUUUUUAUGUACUCUGUACCGGACAGUAAGCACAGUAAGAAGACCCCUGACAAAACUCAGUCUAACCGCCCGGUUGACUCUGCCGUCGUAAUGGGCGGCGAGCGUGGAAUUCGGAGAUUAUCGAAUGCGAUGUUGAUAGGGAUCGUUCGAGCCGCGACGCAACACAAGAGGAAGAACUUGGUGUCCGAUUCAGCAAUAUUGAGUCAACUCGUCAACAACGGGUUUGUGUUGAAGAACGUCGAUUUGAUCACAGCGCCCGAGUCGAUACCGGACGCGACCUCACUCGGAGGCCGCAACUCAGCUGCUUUUCCGUCAUUGUCGGAUUAUCCCAUAAUUCAACGGGGUACGAGUAAUCGUGAGUUAAAUUCUGUUAUUACGAAACAAUUAUGUUCCUCUCACAUAGAUUCUUCUGUUUAUAGAGAUUGUUAGCAAAGCAGAUAGACAGUCCCGAGAAAAGAAAAUAAAUAAGGGUGAAAAUAAACCCAAAAAAAAAAAACUUUUAAAUUCACGCCUAUGGUCACCGUGUGAUUCGAUCAGUUUUGUUGUAAUACUUGUACAUAUUCAUGUUGGGAUUAUAUUUUUGUAGCUUUGUACAUGGAGCAGUGUGAGCGGAGUAGAGCUGAGUAGCUGACAGUGAAAUUUGACCACGCAUCCCAAAUUAAACCCUCUCUUGCUUCUGGACCCUUGACUUUGGUCCUUUUUCCAAGAUGUC